GGCCCAUUGUAUUGUAUCCUUCUUCCAACAGAACAAAGAGACAUUUGUGUCCUCCACCUUUAUUCACAUUUGUAACUGCUAGACGCUACUAGAACCCUUGCCCUACACGCUUUCCACGUGUCAUCCUCUCGUCCCAGCGAAAUCUCCUUGAUAUUUCUAUUUCCCUAUAAAGAAAUGAAUCUCUCGUCUUAUCCUUUUACCUCAAAGAAAACAUCGAAAUCUUAGAGAAGAAGAAAGAAAAGAGAAGAGAAAUGACAGAGAAGAAAGAGAUGCAGGUGGUGAAAGGGCUCGACUUGGAGAGAUACAUGGGCCGUUGGUACGAGAUUGCUUCUUUCCCCUCAAGGUUUCAGCCUAAGAACGGCGUCGACACUCGCGCCACCUACACCCUUAACCCCGACGGUACGGUGCACGUCUUGAACGAAACGUGGAGCAACGGAAAGAGGGGUUUUAUCGAAGGCAGCGCCUAUAAGGCCGAUCCUAAAAGCGACGAAGCCAAGCUCAAAGUCAAGUUCUACGUUCCUCCUUUCCUCCCAAUCAUUCCCGUCACCGGCGACUACUGGGUGCUCUACAUCGAUCCUGACUACCAGCACGCUCUCAUCGGCCAGCCUUCCAGGAGUUAUCUCUGGAUAUUGAGCAGGACGGCGCAUAUGGAGGAAGAGACGUAUAAGCAACUGGUGGAGAAGGCGGUGGAGGAAGGUUACGAUAUCGGCAAGCUUCACAAGACUCCUCAGAGUGACACACCACCUGAGUCCAACACUGCCCCUGAAGACUCCAAGGGCAUUUGGUGGUUCAAAUCUCUCUUCGGCAAAUAGAUUACUCAACACACAAAAGACUUCGUUUCACCUCUUUACUCUUUUGUCUGUGUAAUAUAUUACCUCGUUUGUCUACUCUAGUUAUCGUCCAUCUGUUUUUGUCUAUUUGCAACAUCUAAAAUCUAUAUGCAAAAGUCAUCUCUAUUGUCAUAUUAUAA